AGCCGCAGAACAGUAUGCCUGACAUCAUUAUCUGGAUGAUCCGGGGAGAGAAAAGACUGGCCUAUGCUCGGAUUCCCGCUCACCGGGUGUUAUACUCCACCAGCGGCGAGAACGCCUCUGGCAAGCACUGUGGGAAAACCCAGACCAUCUUUCUCAAGUAUCCACAGGAGAAAAGCAACGGGCAGAAAGUGCCCGUGGAAUUGCGAGUGAACAUCUGGCUGGGUUUGAGUGCUGUCGAGAAGAAGUUUAAUAGCUUCGCAGAAGGCGCUUUCACCGUCUUUGCUGAAAUGUAUGAAAAUCAAGCUCUCAUGUUUGGAAAAUGGGGCACUUCUGGAUUAGUGGGACGUCACAAAUUUUCUGAUGUCACAGGGAAAAUCAAGCUCAAGAGAGAAUUCUUCUUGCCUCCAAAAGGCUGGGAAUGGGAAGGAGAUUGGGUUGUUGAUCCUGAAAGAAGCUUGCUGACAGAGGCGGAUGCGGGUCACACGGAGUUCACGGAUGAAGUCUAUCAGAAUGAGAGUCGCUACCCCGGGGGCGAGUGGAAGGCGGCAGAGGAAACUUACACCGAUGCGAAUGGCGAUAAAGCAGCAUCACCCAGCGAGCUGACUUGUCCCCCAGGUUGGGAAUGGGAAGACGACGCUUGGGUGUAUGACAUCAACCGAGCAGUGGACGAGAAAGGCUGGGAGUAUGGAAUUACCAUUCCCCCCGAUAAUAAGCCCAAAUCCUGGGUUGCAGCAGAGAAAAUGUAUCACACUCAUAGGCGGCGAAGACUGAUCCGAAAACGCAAGAAGGAUAUAACACAGACGGCCUCAAGUACUGCCAAGGCCAUGGAGGAAUUUGAAGACCGAGAGGGCUGGGAAUAUGCUUCUUUAAUCGGCUGGAAAUUUCACUGGAAACAGCGUAGUUCAGAUACCUUUCGCCGCAGACGCUGGAGGAGAAAAAUGGCUCCUUCAGAAACACACGGUGCAGCUGCCAUCUUUAAACUUGAAGGUGCCCUUGGGGCAGACACCACGGAGGACGGGGAUGAGAAGAGCUUGGAGAAGCAGAAGCACAGUGCCACCACCGUGUUUGGAGCAAACACGCCCAUUGUUUCUUGCAAUUUUGACAGAGUGUACAUGUACCACCUGCGCUGUUACAUCUAUCAAGCCAGAAACCUCAUGGCUUUAGACAAGGACAGCUUUUCAGACCCGUAUGCACACGUCUCCUUCCUCCAUCGAAGCAAGACCACCGAGAUCAUCCACUCGACCCUGAAUCCCACGUGGGACCAAACGAUUAUAUUUGAUGAAAUUGAAAUCUACGGGGAACCCCAAGCGGUUCUGCAGAACCCACCCAGGGUGGUCAUGGAGCUUUUCGACAAUGACCAAGUGGGCAGAGAUGAGUUUUUAGGACGAAGCGUCUUCUCUCCUCUGGUGAAACUAACCUCAGAAAUGGACGUCACGCCCAAACUUCUCUGGUACCCAGUAAUGAAUGGUGGCAAGGCCUGCGGAGAUGUCCUUGUAACUGCAGAGCUGAUUAUGAGGGAAAAGGAUGGCUCCAACCUUCCCAUCCUUCCCUCCCAAAGGGCACCGAAUCUGUACAUGGUCCCCCAGGGGAUCCGGCCUGUGGUCCAGCUCACGGCCAUCGAGAUUCUAGCAUGGGGCUUAAGAAACAUGAAAAACUACCAGAUGGCCUCCAUUGCGUCCCCCAGCCUCGUUGUGGAGUGUGGAGGAGAAAGGGUGGAAUCCGUGGUGAUCAAAAACCUUAAGAAGACGCCCAACUUCCCAAGCUCUGUCCUCUUCAUGAAAGUGUUCUUGCCCAAGGAGGAGCUGUACAUGCCUCCGCUGGUGAUCAAGGUCAUCGACCACAGGCAGUUUGGGCGGAAGCCCGUCGUGGGCCAGUGCACCAUCGACCGUCUGGACCGCUUCCGCUGCGACCCUUACGCGGGAAAGGAAGACUUUGUGCCCCAGCUCAAAGCCUCUCUUCUGUCUGCCCCACCCUGCCGAGACAUCGUGAUCGAAAUAGAAGACACCAAACCAUUACUGGCUUCUAAGUGCUUAAGCAGUAUGUCAACAGCACUCAGCAAAAUGGCCCCUCCAGCGUCAGUGCAUCUGACAGAAAAGGAGGAAGAAGUCGUGGACUGGUGGAGUAAAUUUUAUGCUUCCUCGGGGGAACUUGAGAAAUGCGGACAGUAUAUUCAGAAAGGCUACUCCAAACUGAAGGUAUACAAUUGUGAACUGGAAGAUGUGCCAGAAUUUGAGGGCCUGACAGACUUCUCAGAUACUUUCAAGCUGUACCGAGGCAAAUCAGACGAAAACGAAGACCCUUCCGUGGUGGGCGAGUUUAAGGGCUCCUUCCGCAUCUACCCGCUGUCGGAUGACCCCAGCGUGCCGGCCCCGCCCAGGCAGUUUCGAGAAUUACCUGACAGCGUCCCACAGGAAUGCACGGUUAGGAUUUACAUUGUUCUAGGCUUAGCGCUCCAGCCUCAGGACAACAAUGGCUUGUGUGACCCUUACAUAAAAAUAACGCUGGGCAAAAAAGUCAUCGAAGACCGAGACCACUACGUUCCCAACACGCUCAACCCGGUUUUUGGCAGGAUGUAUGAACUGAAUUGCUACCUACCCCAAGAAAAAGACCUGAAGAUUUCUGUCUAUGACUAUGACACCUUCACCCGUGAUGAAAAAGUCGGAGAAACCAUCAUCGAUCUGGAGAACCGAUUCCUGUCCCGCUUUGGGUCCCACUGCGGUAUCCCUGAGCAGUACUGCAUUUCCGGAGUUAACACCUGGCGAGAUCAACUGAGGCCAACACAGCUGCUUCAGAAUGUAGCCAGGUUCAAAGGCUUCCCGCAAUCCAUCCUUUCCGAAGACGGAAGUAGAAUCAGAUAUGGAGGACGGGACUACAGUUUGGAGGAAUUUGAAGCCAACAAAGUCCUGCACCGGCACCUGGGGCCUCCAGAAGAGCGGCUUGCCCUCCACAUCCUCAGGACUCAGGGGCUGGUCCCUGAGCACGUGGAAACCAGGACUUUACACAGCACCUUCCAGCCCAAUAUCUCCCAGGGAAAACUUCAGAUGUGGGUGGACAUCUUCCCCAAGAGUCUGGGGCCGCCGGGACCUCCGUUCAACAUCACACCCCGGAAGGCCAAGAAAUACUACCUGCGUGUGAUCAUCUGGAACACCAAAGACGUCAUCUUGGAUGAAAAGAGCAUCACGGGAGAGGAAAUGAGUGACAUCUACGUCAAAGGCUGGAUUCCUGGCAAUGAAGAAAACAAACAGAAAACAGAUGUCCAUUACCGGUCCUUGGAUGGCGAAGGGAAUUUUAACUGGAGAUUCAUUUUCCCGUUUGACUACCUCCCAGCAGAACAACUCUGUAUCGUGGCUAAAAAAGAGCAUUUCUGGAGUAUCGACCAGACGGAAUUCCGGGUCCCCCCCAGACUGAUCGUUCAGAUAUGGGACAAUGACAAGUUUUCUCUGGAUGACUACUUGGGUUUCCUAGAACUCGAUUUGCAUCACACCAUCAUUCCAGCAAAAUCAUCGGAGAAGUGCCGUUUGGACAUGAUCCCGGACCUCAGAGCCACGGACCCCCUGAAAACCAAGACCGCCUCCCUCUUUGAGCAGAAGUCCAUGAAAGGGUGGUGGCCGUGCUACGCAGAGAAAGAUGGCUGCCGCGUGAUGGCUGGGAAAGUGGAGAUGACACUGGAGGUGCUCAACGAGAGGGAGGCCGACGAGAAGCCAGCUGGGAAGGGGCGGGAUGAACCCAACAUGAACCCCAAGCUCGAACCGCCAAACCGACCAGAAACAUCCUUCCUCUGGUUCACCAACCCGUGCAAGACCAUGAAGUUCAUCGUGUGGCGCCGGUUCAAGUGGGUCAUCCUCGGCCUGCUCUUCCUACUGAUUCUGCUGCUUUUCGUGGCCGUGCUCCUCUACUCCUUGCCGAACUAUUUGUCAAUGAAGAUUGUGAGACCAAAUGCAUAAAGAAAGUCAAGCCUUCUUUUCAAGACUUGUCCAGUAUUGAGGGAAUCCUGCCUGUUGGUGGACCAGGAUCAAGUGUGAUUUCAUUCAUGUCUGAGACUGCAGCCCCAUGGUCUGUCCUCUGUGUCCCCAGGUCUGUCGGUUCCCAGAGGGUCUUCAUCCUGGAAAGUCAGUCCAACAAGCAGCAUUUGAUCUUGCUAUCUUUUAAAGUAUUAAAAGUUUUGUUUUCUAAAGUUUUAAUCAAGUUUUUCAAACUAUUUUUCAAGGUGGCUGGUCCCAUUUAAAAAUCAUAUUUUUAUGUGUCUUUAGUUUGAGAAUUCGAUUUUUGAAAAUUGCUGAAAUGGAAUUUGAAAAUCUCUGCGUCUUGAGGUCAUAUACUUAUUUGUAAUCGCCUAAAAGGACUGUGCAUUAUGGAAACAGAAUAGUUAGAGUAAGUCUUAUUUAUACCUGCAAAUAUGAUAUUUUGUAUGGAUAAACAUUAUGAAACUCUAUUUAACCUCUGUGAUGAACUGAAAUAAAAACAUUUCACCUUUA